CAGGCUGCCGCCGCCCAGGCCCCUGGGGAUGCCCCGCGGUGAGGCGGCCCCGCCCGAGCCGCACUCAUGGCGGUGGCCAGGAAGAUCAAAACUUUGCUGACGGUCAACAUCCUGGUGUUCGUGGGCAUCGUCCUCUUCUCCGUGUACUGCCGCCUGCAGGACCGUUCUGCCGCGCUGGUGCAGGUCGUGCGCGGCGCCGACCGCCGGGUGCGCAGCCGGCACGCCAAGGUGGGCGCGCUGGCCGACCGCGAAGCCAUCCUGCAGCGCCUGGACCACCUGGAGGAGGUGGUCUACAACCAGCUCAAUGGUCUUGCAAAACCCAUCGGCCUGGUAGAGGGGCCGGGUGGCCUGGGUCAGGGAGGUGUGGCGGCCACUCUGCAGGAGGACAGCCAGGAGAGGGAAGGCAAGUACGAGGAGUAUGGCUACAAUGCCCAGCUCAGCGACCGCAUCUCCCUGGACAGGACCAUCCCCGACUACAGGCCCAAAAAGUGCAGACAGCUGACCUACUCAGGCGACCUGCCCCAGGUCUCCGUGGUCUUCAUCUUCGUCAACGAGGCGCUGUCCGUCAUCCUGCGCUCCGUGCACAGCGUGGUCAACCACACACCCUCCCAGCUGCUGAAGGAGGUCAUCCUGGUGGAUGACAACAGUGACAAUGUGGAGCUCAAGUUCAACCUGGACCAGUACGUCCACCGGAGGUACCCUGGCCUGGUGAAGGUCGUUCGCAACAGCCGGCGGGAAGGCCUGAUCCGCGCACGGCUGCAGGGCUGGAAGGUGGCCACGGCCCCUGUGGUCGGCUUCUUCGAUGCCCACGUGGAGUUCAACACUGGCUGGGCCGAGCCUGCCCUCCUGCGCAUCCGGGAGGACCGGAGGCGCAUCGUCCUGCCGGCCAUCGACAACAUCAAGUACAGCACCUUCGAGGUGCAGCAGUACGCCAGCGCCGCCCACGGCUACAACUGGGGGCUCUGGUGCAUGUACAUCAUCCCACCCCAGGACUGGCUGGACCGUGGGGAUGAGGCGGCACCCAUCAGGACCCCCGCCAUGAUCGGCUGCUCCUUCGUGGUGGACCGCGAGUACUUCGGGGACAUCGGCCUGCUGGACCCGGGCAUGGAGGUGUACGGUGCGGAGAACAUCGAGCUGGGGAUGAGGGUGUGGCAGUGUGGCGGCAGCAUGGAGGUGCUGCCCUGCUCCCGCGUGGCCCACAUCGAGCGCACCAAGAAGCCCUACAACAACGACAUCGACUACUACGCCAAGCGCAACGCGCUGCGGGCCGCCGAGGUGUGGAUGGAUGAGUUCAAGUCCCACGUGUACAUGGCCUGGAACAUCCCCAUGACCAACCCAGGGGUGGACUUCGGGGACGUGUCCGAGAGGCUGGCCCUGCGCCAGAGGCUAAAAUGCCGCAGCUUCAAGUGGUACCUGGAGAAUGUGUAUCCUGAGAUGAGGACCUACAACAACACCCUCACAUACGGAGAGGUGAGAAACAGCAAGGCCAGUGGCUACUGCCUGGACCAGGGUGCGGAGGACGAUGACCGGGCCAUCCUCUACCCCUGCCAUGGCAUGUCCUCCCAGCUGGUGCGGUACAGUGCUGACGGCCUCCUGCAGCUGGGCCCCCUGGGCUCCACGGCCUUCCUGCCCGACUCCAAGUGCCUGGUGGACGAUGGCCGGGGACGCACGCCCACCCUGAAGAAGUGUGAAGAUGUAGCCAGGCCGGCACAGCGGCUGUGGGACUUCACGCAGAGAUCCUCCUCAGGCUGCCGGGACAGCCGCCCUGCAUGUGCCGAAGCCCUAAGAACUCACCCCAGCGACUCGGGCCCUGGGCCGAGGACCGGCACCACCCUCCGCACACACGCUCCCUCCCAGCAGACAGAGCUCGCGCCCCUCGGCCAAGGCCAAAGCCGGAGGGCAGCUCCGCGAGAUCCGGGAAGAAGCUACGGCUGCCCUGGUCCCAAGGGCGACUGAGGCCAGGCCCAGGAGGCCACUCUGCUGCUCGGGGAGGCUCAGGAGGGGCCGGCAGCAGAGACGAAGCCACCUGCCUCGGGGAGCUGGAGAAGGCCCUGCGGGCAGGGGCUCCGCUUCUGCCAUCCCUCGCUGGCCCAUGCCCCUGCUGCCCCCUGGAUCUGUGCCCUCUGUGGCAGAGGCAGCUGCGGACGCCCACCUCUCACCUGUUUUUAUAAAUAAAGUCUUACAUGGCACUUACAUGGCACUCAGCCACUCUGCUGUUGGCAUCUUGUCGUGACCCCACGUGGGCUCCAGGUGCUCAGCUGAGACGUGGCCUUGGGGCUCUGGCCUCAGGGAAAUGUCCCAGUCCUGGAGGACACACAGCUCUCCCGCCCUCAUGUCCUGGAGAGCUGCCUCCACAGCCUGGACCAGGCAAGGGGGUUGGGCAGGUGUGGAGAGGCCAGAAUUCGCCUCACAGCCGGCUGGCCACAUGGAGGGAGAGGAGAGGGUCAGCUCCGGC